UGCCGUCAUUUGGGGGCGGGGCCACGCCUAGGUGACGUGUCAGCCUCUGGUCUCUGGUCGCGUUUCCCUUACUCGGUCCCCGGGGAAGAAGCGGUAUCAGCCCGCGCGGCGGAGGCGGCGGCAGCAGACAGCGACGCGGAGAUUUUUUCUCCUACUCUCCUUUUGGCAUGUCCAGCACAAAAACCUUGAGCUUGGAGUGACAGCUCCGGCAUUCCCAGGGGCCGUCUCUGUGACCCGGGCAAGUUACUUACCCCCUUCGGCCUCAGCUGCCUCAUCUGUAAAAGGAAGGGAUUUGAUCUUGCACUGCCUGGAUCCAUGCUUCCUCUUCCUGAGCCUUUCCUUAAUCCCACCUUCUCCAUCCUCGCCCACUCUCCCUGUUCUUUUCCCCAUCUUGUUCUUUCUCAUCAUCUUAUGAUUUCCUCCCUUUUCUUGGGCCAGUUGGAGGGGAAUGUGGGGAGGGAAAAGUAGGUAGUGUUUCCUCCCUUCAGGAGUCCGUGUGAUUUAAUGGGUUCCCGUCCUGGCUCCUCUGUGACUCCGUGAUCUGCUCUGAGUCAAGUCUCAGCCUCUGUUUCCCUGUCUGUAAAACAAGACUACUGCUCCUCGUACAGAGAUUCCCUCCCAAUGCUCUCAGUCUAGAAUGGGAACUCUUCCCCCUCCUGCCCCUCGUGACUGCUCUGCUUUCCCCCACAUUGAUUCGAAGUGUUGGCCCUUCUGCUCAGUCCCCCGUGAUGCCGGAGUUAAAUGUCCGGCCAGAUCAGCAUGAAAAGUAGGGGGAAGAGGGGGAUAUCGUGGGCUAGCGGAGAAGGAAGGAGCCAGGAGUCUGGGGAAAUGGGGGACGAUGGAGAACAGAGAAUGAUGGCUUGCCCCCCACAACAGUCCGAGGUUAUGCGUCUAAAUGAACACGAGGAAACGCUACGGGUCUAAGAACACAGAUCAGGGAGUCUACCUGGGUCUCUCAAAGACACAGGUGCUGCCCCCUGCAGCGGCUGGCAGCGGCCUCAGCGGCAGCAUCCCCACCACCACCUCCUCCCCUUCGCCGGGCCCCCCUCCUGACACCAUGUCCUGUCGAGACCGAACUCAGGAGUUCCUGUCCGCCUGCAAGUCCCUGCAGAGCCGCCAGAAUGGACUCCAGACAAACCGGACAACGGCUCUCAGUGCUGUCCGGCAGCGCAGUGAGUUCACCCUCAUGGCCAAGCGCAUCGGGAAGGACCUGAGCAACACUUUUGCCAAGCUGGAGAAACUGACCAUCUUGGCCAAGAGGAAGUCCCUGUUUGAUGACAAGGCUGUGGAGAUUGAGGAGCUGACUUACAUCAUCAAACAGGACAUCAACAGUCUCAACAAGCAGAUCGCCCAGCUGCAGGACUUUGUCCGGGCCAAGGGGAGCCAGAGCGGGCGGCACCUGCAGACCCACUCCAACACCAUCGUGGUGUCCCUGCAGUCGAAGCUGGCCUCCAUGUCCAACGACUUCAAGUCUGUUCUGGAAGUGAGGACGGAGAACCUGAAGCAGCAGAGGAGCCGCCGGGAGCAGUUUUCCCGUCCGUCUGUGGCAGCUCUGCCCCUCGCCCCCAACCACCUGGGGGGUGGGGCUGUGGUGUUGGGAGCCGAGCCGAGGGCCGCAGGGGACGUGGCCAUUGACAUGAUGGACUCCCGGACCAGCCAGCAGCUGCAGCUCAUUGAUGAGCGGGAUUCCUACAUCCAGAGCAGGGCGGACACCAUGCAGAACAUUGAGUCCACCAUUGUGGAGCUGGGCUCCAUCUUCCAGCAACUGGCACACAUGGUCAAGGAACAGGAAGAGACCAUCCAGCGGAUUGACGAGAACGUGCUGGGGGCACAGCUGGACGUGGAGGCCGCGCACUCGGAGAUCCUCAAGUACUUCCAGUCCGUCACCUCCAACCGCUGGCUCAUGGUCAAGAUCUUCCUCAUCCUCAUUGUUUUCUUCAUCAUCUUCGUGGUCUUCCUGGCCUGAGGCUUCCUGGUGUGGAGGCCCCCCGGUGGAAAUCAUUCCUUCAGGGGCCCUGCAGCCCCGCCUGUCUGGGGUGGUGGGGGAAGGGCAGGAGGCCAUCUCUGUUUCCUGGGACUGAAGGACGGCCCCUGCCCUGUGACCCCGGGCCCACCUCUGCCCUUCCUUUUUUCCACCCAAACUCACCAGAGUUUGGACUGCCGUGAAAGGGUGGAAGGGGAGGGGGCCCCGGGCCCCAGCGGGGAGUUUCUCUGCGCCUGCCCUGGCGCCUGGCUGAGGCUCCAUUGCGGAGGUGCACAAAGGACGGGGAGAAGGGAAGGCGGGCGCCCCUGCGGCUUCUCCCCUCCUUCCCCAAGUCUUCACUGUGUCGGGCAGAGCCCCAGCACCGCCGGCGGGCGGCUCCCAAGGACUGCGUCAGUUUGCCAAAGGCACUGUCAUCCCCAUUUUGCCGGAAUUACAGCAGACGGUCAGCCCUGUCGGCCUUGUCCUCAUUUCAGGGAGAGCGCGCGUCGCGGGGUUGGCCGGGGCGCCUCCUGGGCUAGUGAGAGGCUGGGGCUGGCCUAGCUGAGGCUGCUGGUCCCGUCCCAGCAGCAGCCAGGGAAGCUAGUCUGAGACCCCGAGCCGCUUCCCCGGAGGGAGGAAGAGGAGGGAGAGAAUCUGAGCCAAGGAUGUUCUCAGUGGACUUGGAAGGGGUUGUCUCAGCCCCCUUGCCCAUUGGCUGUGCUCCUCCUUGAGCUUUUGAGGGGGCCAAGGUCAAGGGGCUCAUGAUCCUUCCCUGCUGGGAUCCCGCUGUCUUCAGUGGCCUGCGGACACUCCUGGGGCUUUCUGCCCCUGGAUCAGACCAGGAUGGCAGUGGGCCCGCAGCAGCCGCCCCUCCCCAGUCAGGCCCCUCUCCUCAGCAGACCUCCCAAGGCCUUCUCUUGCCUUACCCCCAUGGCCAGUGAGCCCCGUGGUUAUCUAGCUGGUGUCCUGGCGGCAGCUGUAGGCGUCCUUGUGAAGGCCCCCAUUUCUCAGUUCCUUCCAGUGUCCCAGGCACACAGGCGUCCUGGGGAGGCAGAUCCUGGAGUCCAGUCCUCAGGAAGAAUUUGUCAAGGCUCCUGGUCUUUGUAAAGGUUGAGAUUUCUGGGGAAGCAUAUGGGGAAUGCUUCCUGCCUGGACAGCCUUGGGAGACCCUUGAGACCACCAUCAACAUCUUGUUCCCAGGCUCUGAAGGCAGAGCCCUGUAGGCCAGUGGCUUCCUGUCCUCUCCGAGGCUUUGGACCUCAACAAGACAGAACCAGUUCUGGGGGAACUCAGAGGGCUGGGAUGUGGUGGGGGGAGGAUGAGGCAGCGAGGCAUCAUGGAAGGAGCACUGGUCCUGGCAAGAGACAAGACCACCUGCAUUUGAGUCUCCACUUGCUCCUGAUGUGCCCUCAACCAAGCCAAUAAAGUAGACGUUUCUCCAGUG